AUUUUCUACAACUUUAAUCAUGUUUGUUCUACAUAUGAUUUGAAUUGUUUUUUGGGCUUGGUUGGUAUAAUUUCAAAUGUACUCAGUUACUUUGUAUAUUAUGACAAUAAAUGUGGUAUUAUUUUCGAUUUUCAGGUGGCCAUAGCCAGAUAUUAUGAAAAUGACGGAGAUGAUGUUGAAUUAGUUGAAGAUGUACCUCCACAAAACGUUGCCACAGAACCACCUAGCCUGCCUGUUAAAACAUCAAAACCUAAAUCAAAGCCCUCAAACUUUGCCACAAUUAAUACAAUUACUAGUUCUAGUGAUGAAGAAGAAGAAGGUCAGGCCUACUAUGCAGGAGGUUCAGAACAUAGUGGACAACAAGUACUGGGGCCUCCAAAGAAAAAAGAUAUUGUAGCUGAUAUGUUCAAAUCUGUCCAAGAGUGCAAUAUAUGCAAAGAAGUUUGUAUUCCAGUCGUGAUAAACUCAAUCCUUACUCUUCACAUUAUUAUAUUAAAGGUACAUUUGUCAAUGGAAGACCACCGAAUGGAGGAAUAUAAACCUACCCAGAGAAACAAAUCGGUGAAGGCUUUCCAAGGACACGGUUACACUUUGGGUAGCCCAGCACCUCCAAUUGUGGGAACUUGUAAAGAGGAAGACAAACCAACAAAUGAAGCAAAAGCAAAGGAUCAAAUGAAAGUUGAUUCUUCAAAACCAACCACCAACUUGCAGAUCCGAUUAGCUGAUGGAUCAAGACUUGUAGGCCAGUUCAAUCAUGAACACACCAUAGGAGAGGUUAGGUCUUUCAUCCAAAUUGCCCGACCGCAAUACCAGAAUCAGUCGUUCAACUUGCUUUCGACUUAUCCAUCGAAGGUGCUGGAUGACUGCAUAACUCUCAAAGCGGCGGGUUUACUGAAUGCAGCUAUUAUGCAAAAAUUAGUUUGAUUGAAUAGUUCUUCUGGUAUUUCCUAGAUUUAAGGCUUGUGUUAAUUAAAUUUAGUUGACUUAUUUAAUGAUCAUAUUUUUAAAGGGUUGAAUAAAAUAUUUGUGAGACUUA